AUGGACGUGGGCGAUUUGUCGAGCUCGGCAGGUUUGGCUGGGAGCGGAUCCAUCCCUGGUGCAACGGGUGUUGGUAUCAUUACAAGUACGACAUCCGCCACCGCAGGGUGGUGGACGCCUACGUCGACGAUCGCCUCGGCAGCGGCCAACACCGACGUGAUGAAUCAGCUGUGCAGGGUCUGCGGAGAACCGGCCGCGGGUUUUCACUUUGGAGCCUUCACGUGUGAGGGUUGCAAGUCGUUCUUCGGGCGCACCUACAACAAUCUCGGCAGCAUCUCCGAAUGCAAGAACGGUGGUGUGUGCGUGAUCAACAAGAAGAACCGCACCGCCUGCAAGGCGUGUCGUCUACGGAAGUGUCUGAUGGUGGGCAUGUCGAAGUCCGGCUCCCGUUACGGUCGACGCUCGAAUUGGUUUAAGAUCCACUGUUUGCUGCAGGAGCAAUCGCACCAGGCGCAAACGCGUCUGAUUAAGGACCCGAAAUCCGCCUACGAGAAGGCGUUCGGCUCGUUGGACGUGGCGAACAACAACAACAACAACGAGACUGCUGGCACGACCAGCGCGUCGAACGUGGUCGGUAUGGUGACCACGACCACGACGACAGCGAACAGUUACCAUCACCAUCACCAUCAUCAUCAGCAGGAUAGGUAUCCGAAGAGGGACGACUCUGUGCUGAGGCCCCAGGAUCUACCAUCUCAAUUAAGGACCCCCGAUAUGUCGACAAGGGCUGGCCAGGAUCCUCUUCUUAGGCCUGUAGACCUGGUUAGAGGUCCCCACGAGCUGCUAAGGCCGGAAGUGUCCAGGUUUCCGAUGUGGAGGGGUCCGCCAUUCUUCCAUCCAGCCUUGACGCACAUGCAGCUACUGAACGCGCCCUUCUUCCCGUUCCAACAGCGUUUCAUCGUCCCUUACGUGAACCAAGUAGGCGCCUCGCAGAUGGUCGCUAGCCUGACCAGUUCCUCCAGUGACAGCGUCAGUCCCCGAUCGACGCCAUCACCGAAGAGGGAGGAGGACACCAGAAAUGCUCGGGAGGAUUGCAAGGAUCAGGGUGGUUGCCAGAGGGCCCAGGUGGAGGUGGCGUACGACAAAAGUCUAGCGUUCCUGCGAUCCCUGGGCCCGGAACAGGACCAGCCAAUCGACCUGAGCAUGAAGGCUGGCCUGAAGGAGGAGAAAGAGGUGGACCCUGGUAGCACGGAAGAGGAGAGGUCGACGGACAGCGAGGACAACGAGCUACAGGACACUGGGCCGCCGCUCGAUCUCACUAGGAAGACAUGA